AUGAAAUAUUUUCAAAAACAGCCAAUUAUAUCGACAUUUCAGGAUGGCUUUGGUUGGACAAACGGAGUCGUGCUAGAUUUGUUGGUUACCUACCAGAAUAGAUUAAAAUUACCAGAAAGUAUGAAAAUAUGA